AUGGGACAAUACAUGAGUGAAAAGUGUGACUUUACUGGAGGAGACCUGUGUGGCUGGAUCUCUCUGGACACAGACGGACCACGAAUAUCACGUGCCGUCACGUACUACCGCUGGCAGACAGGGCAGGGGAAGGACAGAACUCCUUCUGAAGCCUCCAAUAACAUCAGGCCUGGUGUGGACCAUACCUCAGGAACAGGAGACGGUUAUUACCUGUUUGCGGACAGCUCACCUGGAAGUUUCCAGGACACCGCACAGAUCAUCACACCAGUGAUCUCCCGUACGGGGUCCCAGUGUGUGCUGUCUUUCUGGUACUACAUGCACGGGUCCAGUAUCGGCUCACUGCACAUCUACAGAGUCUUUAGUGGUCAGCAGGUGGAGCUGUUUGAGAUAGACGGUGAGCAAGGAAAUGUCUGGAAGGAGGGCCAGGUCUUCCUGGGCACCAACCAGAACAUUGAGAUUAUGAUUGAAGCCAGAAGAGGCCGCAGCUGGGUAGGAGACAUCAGUAUUGAUGAUGUACAGUUCCGACAGUGCAUGCCACCAGAGCCAGACCAGGGUGCCCAGUGUACAGCUGAUCAGUUCAAGUGUGCGCUGGGUUUCUGCAUCCCCCAGUCCCAGCACUGUGACUUUGUGGACGACUGUGGAGAUAGGUCUGAUGAGGACAGCCUCAGUGGACACUGUGAGAGGUACCCAGCUCGCUGUGACUUUGAGACAGACAAGUGCCCGCGGUACUGGAUUGAGGAGGCAUCUGAUGACUUUGACUGGACACUAAGAGCCGGUAGCACGGCCUCAUCUGGUACAGGUCCCAGUGUGGAUCAUACCAACAGAGAUCCCACAGGUCAUUACAUCUACAUUGAGAGCUCAGCACCCAGACAACCUGGUGACAAGGCUCGGAUCCGCACCCCUCCCUUCAGUCAGGCGUAUGAUGGUUGUAAGUUGAGGCUGUUCUACCACAUGUAUGGUGUAGAUGUGGGCUCGCUGAAUGUCUACAGAAGGACCAGCUACCUCCAGUCCAAUGGCUUGACUCUCAUGACCAGCAUUACCGGAGACCAAGGAAACUUCUGGCGGAGACUGGAGGUGGACUUCACAGGGUCUACUAACUUUGAGGUGGUUAUUGAGGGUGUCCGUGGAACAGGUCCGAUGGGUGACAUCUCUAUUGAUGACAUCUCCAUGACAAUGGAAUGUGUGAAAGGAGGCCAACUGCCAGAUGGCCCCACUCUCAGCCCCCCUCCCACCCAACACCCCAGCUGCCCUACAGGCUGGCUGAAGUGUACCAACAGUGACACCUGCUACGCACCUUACAAGAAGUGUGACUUCAUCGAUGACUGUCAGGACGGCACCUCCACUGUGCCUUCUUCUGAUGAAAACAGCUGUGGGAAUGACUGUGACUUUGAGAGCAGUUUUGCCCCUCUCUGUGGGUGGAAGAACUCUGCCAGUGACAACUUUGACUGGACACUUCACCAGGGCCACACCCCAUCCUCUGGCACUGGGCCUGGUCAGGACCAUACCACCAACUCAGUAUCAGGCCACUACCUGUACAUCGAGAGCAGCACAUCUGCAGGUGUGUCUAUGGGAGACAUCGCUCACAUCACCACAGGUGUCUACCAGGUGUCCAGCACCACCUGCAAGCUGCGCUUCUGGUACCACAUGUACGGGACAGGCACUGGCAUGCUCAACGUAAAGAUCAAGUCUGUCAACAGUGGCCUGACUGAUCUGGUCUGGAGUAAGACAGGUGACCAGGGUAACCAAUGGCAGCAGGCGGAGGUUUCUAUUGGCAACAAACGCCAGUUUGUGGUGCUGAUUGAGGGAAUGCGAGGCUCUGAUCACCUGGGAGACAUCGCACUGGAUGAUAUCUCCUUCGUGUCCUGCUCUACAAAUCCACCCCCAUUGCAAUGUGGAGCUGAUGAGUUUAGAUGUACAAGCCAGCCACAGUGCGUGAGCCAGGAUGUGGUGUGUGACUACAAGAAUGACUGUACUGAUGGAACUGAUGAGGCACGCUGUGUCUACCAGCCUGGAAACUGCAACUUUGACAAUGUAGCAUCCUCUGUUAUUGGAUGUGGAUGGUCACAACUAGACAGCGAUGACUUUGACUGGUCUGGUCCUGCUACAAACACACCUACAGCCAACACUGGGCCUUCCUCCACUCACAACAACAUUGGUCGAUUCCUGUACAUCGAGAGUUCCUCGCCCCAGAGACCAGGCAUGCUGGCAGCCCUGGAGAGUUCCGACUUCCCCCCGGGUAUCGGCACAUGUAGGAUGAGGUUCUUCUAUCACAUGUAUGGGUCUCCACAGAUGGGGGCACUCAAGGUGUACACACACUCCAAAUCAGGUCCACGGCAGCUCAUGUGGAUAGAGGCAGGAAACAAGGGCAACUCUUGGCAGUACGCAAACUUCCCCAUCGGAAACUCGGACAUGUACAAGGUGGUGGUGGAGGCUGAAGUAGGCGGGAAUGACCGCAGUGACAUCGCCAUUGAUGACAUCUCCUUCUCUCCAGGCUGUUCCAACUUGACAAACAGCUGCCCAGUCGGCCAGUUCUACUGCCCAGACUUCCCCCUCAUCAACUGUCUGCCUGACGUCUGGAUCUGUGAUGGUGACAUCGACUGUCCUGAUGGACGUGAUGAAGCCGGUUGUCCAACCGCGUCGUACCAGUCAACACCAGCAGCCGUGACUAGACCAGGUGGUUCAACAGGUACAGCGAGCCCAGGUACAGUGAACCCAGGUCCUUGUGGUGUCCGUGAGCUGAGGUGUACAAACGGCCAGUGUGUGUCGGCCAUGUUCCAGUGUGAUGGAGUCAGCGACUGUAGUGACAACUCAGAUGAAGUCGGCUGUACUGGAGACUUCCCCUGUAAUGGCAGCAGUGUCUAUUGUGGUUCCACCAGCAGUUGUCUGAGUCAAACUACCCGCUGUGACGGGACUGAUGACUGCACAACAGGAGCUGACGAGGCUCUGUGUGGAAGCUGUCCCAUCACCUACUGCCAGAAUGGAGGACUCUGUCAAUACAGGGAGGAUGCCACUACUUUCUAUUGCAGUUGUACUGACAAGUUCAGUGGCAGUCGCUGUCAGCUGGAAGUUAUCAGUCCUCCAGACAAACAGAGAGGAGGGACAAAUACUACCAUGUGGAUAGCCAUUGGUCUUGUUGGAGGAGUCGUUCUUAUAAUGGCUGUCCUGGCGGCCAUCUACUUUGUUGUCAGAAGAAACAACAGAGACAGGAGAUUUGGAGGCCUUCCUGGUUAUGGUACCAACAACCCUACUUAUGAACCUGAUCAACUUCAAGAUUUCAAAUUCAGUGAUGUAGAUACGUCAUACAUGAUUGACACCCCAGAUACAACCUACAUGAUUGACACCCCACAGAAACUUGGCACAGAUGCUGCUGGAAUAGACAACCCACUGUACGGUAUGAAGAAGGAAGCAGACUUUGGGCUGGACAUAGAUGCUCCAGCAUCCAGCUCUAAUGCGUAG